AUGCACUUGCUUCCCUUUCACGUUGUUAGUCCUUUAGUUUGGUUCAUUCUAAAACAAAACCUCAUCCUCUGGUUCUCUCCAUCCGCAGGCACACGGGAGCAGGAUCAGAACGCCAAAAGUUGGGAGGUAGUUCUCCAAAGACUUCUCUUUACACGACGUGCUACUUUCGUGGAAACAAUCCUGGAAAAAAGCUCAAGUAAAGGACGAAAAGAACUAUAA